CAUAUAAAACCCAAAGAAUUCGCGGCUUACUGAACUUCCGCCGCAGUAAGCAGCAUAGCGUCGAGAUGGCCAAAGAGGAAGCGAAAACAGUGGUUCCGGAAUCGGUGGUAAAAAAACAGAAACGGAAUGAAGAAUGGGCUUUGGCGACCAAUCAGGAACUCGAAGCCGCAAAGAAGAAGAGGUUCCAAACGCGGAAACUCAUUUUCAACAGAGCCAAACAGUACGCAAGUGAAUACGAAGAACAGCAAAAGGAGUUGAUUAGGUUGAAGCGUGAAGCCAAGCUUAAGGGAGGGUUUUAUGUGGACCCUGAGGCUAAGCUCUUGUUCAUUAUAAGGAUCCGAGGUAUCAAUGCUAUGCACCCCAAAACAAGGAAGAUUUUGCAGCUUCUGCGUUUGAGACAGAUAUUUAAUGGUGUCUUUCUUAAAGUUAACAAAGCAACCAUGAAUAUGCUGCACAGGGUAGAGCCCUAUGUUACCUAUGGGUACCCUAAUUUGAAGAGUGUAAGAGAAUUGAUUUACAAGAGGGGAUACGGAAAAGUUAACAAGCAGAGGGUUGCUUUAACAGACAACUCUAUUAUUGAACAGACUUUAGGAAAGAAUGGGAUUAUUUGCGUUGAAGAUCUGAUCCAUGAGAUAAUGACUGUUGGACCUCACUUCAGAGAGGCUAACAAUUUUCUAUGGCCCUUCAAGCUCAAAGCUCCCCUGGGUGGUUUGAAGAAGAAAAGAAAUCAUUAUGUUGAAGGUGGUGACGCUGGCAACAGGGAAGAUUACAUAAAUGAGCUUAUUAGAAGGAUGAAUUAGAUUGUCAUAUCGUCGUUCGUAUAAAUUUAUUGAGGCUGAGACAUUAGUUAUUCCAGUUUUGCUUUUAAGGAUUUUUUAUUUUAAAUUUGAAUGUUUGAGCUGAUGGGGAUAUUAAUUCGUUGCUUGCGAUGCAAUGUAUGGUUCCUUAGCUGAUGGAGAGAAGUUACUAAAUUUGAAUUUUGAUGCUUAAUAUUGCAAAUCCAUUGGGC